CCUUCCUCAACUAAACCAUCUCACCAGUCAGUCACCAGUGUAUAUAAUGGCACCGUCUUCACUUCUCUCACACCCACCCCCAUAAGUUAAAGUCUCAAUCUUUUCUCCUUCUUUCGAUAGUAGAACCAACACUUUGAAGCUCAGAACUCGACCCACAAAAAAAAACAUGCUUCUACGAAGCGCGUCGACUCCACUUCUCAACUCGUUAGUUCAUGUCUCGACCCCAAAGGAAUCUCCAAACGAGGCCGUUGAUCAACGGCCCAGAUCCCUCGUACUCUCUUCACCUUCCUCUUGCUGUUACAGCCCGAUGUCUAUACACUCCAGCGACGAAACCACGAGGAGGGUGAAAAGAACGGCGUCAGAGAGCGAUCUACGCCACCUGACGACGACGAAGCCUCCGUCGAGCAAGUUCUUGAACAGUGCUGCUCUGAUGGAGGACGUGGAAGAAGGAAUCGGCUUCGGGAUUAUCCGCACGUCUUCUUACGACGGUGGUUUAGCGUUUUGGACAUUAGAGGAAGAAACUGAGGUUAGUAGCGGCGGUGGCGGCGGCGGCGGGAUUGUUCACGGCGGAGGAAAGGGCGGAUCCGAUGGUGACGAUAGCACAGACGUUCAUUAUCGUAAGAUGAUCGAAGCAAACCCUGGAAACGGGAUGUUUCUUGGCAAUUACGCAAAGUUCUUGAAAGAGGUUCGAAAAGAUUACUUGAGAGCAGAGGAGUAUUGCGGGAGGGCUAUUCUGGUGAACCCAAACGACGGGAAUGUUCUGGCUAUGUACGCGGAGUUGGUGUGGAUGAUUCAUAAGGAUUCAUCUCGUGCUGAGUCUUACUUUAAUCAAGCCGUAGCAGCUGCUCCUGAUGAUUGUUAUGUACAAGCUUCAUAUGCACGGUUUCUUUGGGAUGCUGACGAGGAAGAAGAAGGUGGAGAGGGGGAGAAGGAAGAGAGGCACGAAGAGGAACUUGUGACUCAAGCUUCUCGAAUGAGUUUCUUCACCGGUCUUUCUCCAAUUACGGCCAUGUCUUAACUAAGUGGGCUCGGCGUAUAGAAUUAGAUAAACUGUUAUGUGACGUCUAUGAUCUAUCAUCUAACCCUUUGUUUAAUAUUAAAUUCUUUAUUUUUGCUUCGUUUAUAUGUUUGCUUCUCUGCUUCAGUUUUAGAAUUUGUCUCAGUUGUGGGUAAUAAAUAAAAGUUUUGCUUUCGAUAAA